CCCCACCCCUCGCGGGGGCGGCGGCGAGGCCACCGGUCACCGCAUUGCCUACUUCUUCCCCGCUCGUCUCGGACUCCCACGCCACGCCAUCGCCCUCGAAGCCUCUCCGCGGAGCACGCCAGCUCGAAGGAGCUCCGACCGGAGAUCCGUGGUAGCUUGCCCGACUGCUGCUUCAGCUGAUGUUUCGAUAUGGGAAUGGAUGCUCCCAUCCUUCCUUCCAGUUCUAUGUGAAUCUGCUUGCGGCGCAGUGGAGCACUGUGUUCAUUUUUUCCAACCAAGUUGUUGGUUCAGUUCAAGGUGCUUUCGCCAGUUUUGUACAGAUAGUUUGAUUGGAGUGUUUGGACCUGAGGAAUCGGGUAAACAGCUGGGCGUGAUUCUUGGUGAUACUCCGCUGAUCACCUUUUUGUCGGCGCCAUGGAAGCCGUGCACGGCAUACAGUCUCUGGCUUCAGGAGAUGGCCACCAUCACCUUUCCCGGACCCUUGUCCCGGCGCUGCUCAUCUCCGUGGGCUAUAUUGAUCUUGGCAAGUGGGUGGCCACGGUCGAUGCAGGGACCCGGUUUGGGUACGACCUCGUGCUGCUGGUGCUUCUCUUCAAUUUCUCCUCGGUUCUGUAUCAGUAUAUGUGCACCUGUAUCGGCAUGGUCACCGAGAAGAAUCUUGCACAGAUCUCCGACCAGGAGUACAGUCGGUUUAUAUGUGUCGGCCUUGGUGUCCAGGCAGGACUGUCUUUACUUACUUCAGAACUAACCAUGAUUUCAGGCAUAGCAGUUGGAUUCAACCUUGUAUUUGAUCACGAUGAUCUCAUCACAGGCAUUAUUUUUGCAUGCGUUGUAAUUAAUCUGCUGCCAUAUCUCUUAUCCCCUCGGGACAAGAGGAUGUCUGGAACGUUAAAUGCCUGCAUAGCGGGCUUUACGAUCCUUUGUUUUGUGCUUGGUUUGUUGAUAAGUCAACCAGAGAUACCUCUCCAUGUGAAUGUGAUGUUCCCCAAGUUGAGUGGUGAAAGUGCUUACUCAUUGAUGGCACUUAUGGGUGCAAACGUAAUAUCACACAAUUUUUAUGUUCAUUCAUCAGUUGUUCAGGUUCAGAGGAGGUCUCAUGUUCUUACCCUUCGUACCCUGUUUCAUGACCACCUUUUUUCUAUAUUAUUCAUUUCUACUGGAGUUUUUCUUGUGAACUAUGUUCUGUUGAGCUCAGCAGCAUCAGAAUCUAGUCACAAUGUGAUCCACUCCUUUCACGAUGCUGUAGAUCUGAUGAACCAGAUAUUUACGAAUCCCAUGGCUCCACUUGUGUUACUAGCGGUUCUUCUCUUUUCGAGCCACAUUAUUUCGUUGACAUGUGUUAUCGCCAGUCAUGCAGUCAUGGAGAAUUUCUUUGGUGCAAAUCUGUCUCUUUCUGCGCAUCAUGUGCUACUCAAGGUUCUUUCCAUGAUUCCUACUAUCUAUUGUGCAAAAGUAGCAGGCUCCGAAGGGAUAUAUCAGUUACUCAUUCUUUGUCCAGUAAUCCAGGGCAUGACCCUGCCCUCCUCUGCCAUUCCUGUUUUCCGUAUUGCCUCAUCAAGGUCAAUAAUGGGCAACUACAGGAUAUCUCUAUACGUUGAGAUACUAGCCUUCCUUGCGUUUCUUCUUAUGUUGUUCACAAAUAUCAUUUUCGCGGCGGAAAUCAUGUUCGGUGACAGCAGCUGGACAAACAACCUGAAAGGGAACACUGAAAGCCCUGUCAUAAUUCCACAUACUGUACUAAUUCUAAUGUCUUGUGCGUCUAUUGCUUUUACACUCUUCCUGGCUGUGACUCCGAUAAAAUCAGCCAGUAGUGAAGCUGAUGAAACUCGGGAGUGGCAUGUGCACUCUCCGAGAGAAGCAUUCGACACCACUUACCACAGAGAAGAUACUUCUCCGGAAUAUAUUGCACACGAAGAAAUUCAAAGGUAUUCUAUUGAUGCUGUUCCAAGGGAUUCUUCAUUGGAAAGUCAUCAGAAAUCAGCUUUGGAGCAUACUGACAGUUCUGAAACCACUGCAGAAUCCGAUAACAACGGGACCCAACAAUCAACUGCUCAUAUGGCGACCAUUCCUGAGGCUGACCCCUUAACAUCCUGCAGUCUCGGGGAGUCAAAAUCAGUUGGUAGGCCUGACUUUACGGAUUCAACGCCAAAGGUCUCUACUGCCACCGUAGUAGAACAGAGUUCAGCAGAGAAUAUCAAAAUGAAGAGCGCAGCUGAGAAAGAUGUUCAAGUAGAAGCAGAUGUUUGCACAGACAAGGACAAUGAGACUUCACAUAAUGUGAGCUCCAGUAAUAAGUCCACUGGAGGCAAAGCACCCUCUUUAUCUUCCAGUGAUCCACCAUCCCUUACUAUGAACAGAUAUAAAGACACUGAUGCUGUCAGUGGCACUGGUGGCCUAUCAAAGCUGCCUGGUUUGGGCCGUGCUGCAAGGAGACAGUUAGCAGCAAUCCUCGAUGAGUUCUGGGGGCGUCUUUUUGAUUAUCACGGUAAGCCGACACUAGAAGCUGAUGCUGAAAGGAUCCACCUUUUGCUUGGACUGGACUUGAUAAGAGAUGGUUCAGCUGGGAGAACGGAUAACCAAAACACUCGAGCUUCCAAGAAACCCUUAACGAGAGAUACAGUGCCAGGAUCAGGCAUCUCUACUCCAGACUUGUCUUUUGGGCUUCAGAUGGGUACCAUGGGGUCAUCAACCUGGUCACAGAGCAUGUAUUUACCAAACAGAGACACCCUGAGUUCAAGCAGCAUCUUUCUUAACCAAAAUGCAAAAGAAAUCACAAAGCAUGAUGUGGCACCUUAUUGUGAUAACCAGUUCUAUCAGCCUACUACCAUUCAUGGUGGGUGUCAGCUAGCAAACUAUCUGAAAGGGAUAAAUGCAAGUCGGAGUUCACGUUCCAGCAUUCCACUGGACGCACGACGACCUCCUAUAUCUUCUGAAUCUGCUGGCUCUGCUAUUCGUGCUUAUAGCCGGAACGUGCUUGGUUCAUUUGGUUCUACCACUUUGCAGAACCCAACAAUGAGCGGCUUAAGUACAAUGAUGGUAGGAAGAUCCUAUUACGAUCCCACCACCAUUCUUGGGGGUGGGAGUGGUGGCUCAUCUGCUUACCCAAAGAAGUACCACAGCUCACCCGAUAUAUCUGCUGUAAUUGCUGCAAGCAGGAGUUCACUGUUGAACAAAGUAAAUCCGGGCAGAGCUGCUGUAAAUCAGCCAUAUCUUAGUAGGAUGGCAUGUGAAAGAUCACAUGAUGUGGACACAGCGAACAUGUUCCAGAGCUCUGUGCAGUCGAGUAUGAACACCAAACCAGCAUCACUCUGGUCCCGGCAACCAUUUGAACAGCUGUUUGGUGUGCCGAGCGCAGAGUUGACUAAUAGGAGUGAGGUGAACACCGAGCGGAGAUCAAAUGGCACCAAGGAUGAUUUCUCAUACAAGGAAUGUGAAGCAAAGCUUCUCCAGUCUCUCAGACUUUGCAUCAUGAAGCUCUUAAAGCUGGAAGGGUCGAGAUGGCUUUUUCGGCAGAAUGGUGGUUGUGAUGAAAAUCUAAUUGAUGAAGUCGCUGCAGCUGAGAGAAUUUCACAAGAAACCACAGACGGCAUGGACACUAACUGCACACACAGACAGCUCAAUUGUGGUGCUGAUUGCGUUUGGCAGGCUUCCCUGGUUGUUAGUUUUGGUGUCUGGUGUAUCCGUCGGGUGCUAGGCCUGUCGCUUGCGGAAAGUAGGCCAGAACUUUGGGGCAAGUAUACUUAUGUUCUCAACCGUCUUCAGGGGGUCCUCGAUCCUGCAUUUUGCAAGCCUCGGAAACCCGUCACCGGGUGCUCAUGCCUCGAGAAAGCACGUCUGGUCGCCGCCAACCCCAUGUCCGCCGCCUUCACCGCCGCAGCUGACAUCUCGGCGCUGAUCAAAGAUGUGGAGCAAGAGCAAGCCAUUUCUGGCCGGAGGGGUCGAAGCGGCACGGUAGCAGGAGAUGUUGCCUUCCCUAAAGGGAAGGAAAACCUUGCUUCUGUGCUCAAGCGAUACAAGCGCAGGCUCGCGAGCAACAAGCCACCUGCCGGAUCAUAGCCGUCAGUUGGCCUGUCACCAAGCCUCUGUAGACUGUAGGGUUCUUGUUACCGCCGCUUCUCGUAUCUAAGGUAUCUUGGGUGUUUCUGCUGCACGCCGAGUGCGCCUGGAAGCUUCUCGGUCUUGGUUCAGUGAUGGGAAUUGACUGUAACUGUGGUUUUUUCCAUGUAAUGGCAAUUGCAUGCAUAAUGUUUCUACGAGGGCGAGGGUGAACUGUCACUGUAGAGAUGUACAUAAAAACGUUUGUAGUUUGUUGAAGUAGCGCUGUAAAUUUGACUAACUCAAAUUCCUCUUGUGGCUAAAUCUUUGUACAGCAUUUCAGUGUUUCCGCGGUU